AUGCUUAAAAAACUGCAUGAUAGUCAUCAAGGCGUGUCCAAAACAAAAGAGUUAGCAAAACAACAUGUUUAUUGUCCAGGUAUAAUGUCUGAUAUUACUAAUUUAGUAUUAACAUGUCCUAUUUGUAAUAAAUACAACAGAAGUAAUAAGAGAAAUGAAUUAUUGAAUCAUGAAAUACCAAAUAUACCAUUUGAUAAAGUAGGAGCGGAUAUAGCUCAUUAUGGUGGUAAGGACUAUUUGGUGAUUGUAGAUUAUUUCUCAAGGUGGGUAGAAGUGAGUAAAUUAAAAUGGAAAACCGCAACAGAAUUGAGCAAAAAGUGUAAGAAAAUAUUUGCAAGGUUUGGUAUUCCUAGUAUAUUAAUUGCUGACAACAUGCCUUUUAAUAGUUUUCAAUUUAGAUCAUUUGCUAAAGAGUGGGGGUUUCAAAUAAACAAUUCUAGUCCAAAUCAUCCUAUUAGUAAUGGAUUAUCAGAAAAAUAUGUUGGUUUAGUAAAGAAAAUGAUUAAAAAGUGUAGAGAAACAAACGGUGAGUUAGAAGAUUAUUUGCUUACUUAUAGAAAUACACCACUAGCUAAUAUUGGUCAAUCUCCUGCAAGUUUAGUACAAAAUAGAGUCUUGAAAACAAAAUUACCUAUUAGGACCAUCCAGGUAGAUAAAAAUAAUAUAAUAAAAGAAAAAAUGAUAGAAAACCAAAACAAUCAAAAAAGAUAUUUUGACCAAAAAGGUACGGUAAAAGAAAUCUUAUUUGAAGAAGGUGAAAAGGUAUGGUUACAAGACAAAUUUAACAAAACAUGGAGUGUGGCAACAAUAAUAAAAAAACUUGAGUUACCAAGAUGCUACUUGGUAAGAGAUGAGAAAGGAAAGUUGGCGAGGAGAAAUAUCUUUUUCCUUAGGAAAAGGAAAACAUUAAGUUUGGAAGUUGAUGUGGAAGGAGAUAAAGUAAAUAGAGAAGAGAGAGAAGAGAAAAUAAUAACUGUGGAAAAAUUGAGAAGAACAGAGAGACAAAGCAAAAAACCAGAUAGGUUGAUGUAUAACUAA